AUGCAUCACUCAGAUGAAGGUGGCUUAUCAAUGUUGCCCCCAACAACAACAACAACAACAACCAAUGAUGACAAGUUUUCUACGAUUUUCAAUGUCUAUGAAAUUCAACAAUAUUCUCUCCACAACAAAUUGUUUUUCGAAAAAUUCAAUUCACUCGUUUCCGAUUUUGUAAUUCUCGAAACUCCAGUCAACAUCUCCAAUGCCUCUCAAUUACAAGGUUGCAAUCCAAUAUUAUUUCAAUUAGGAAACUUUAGUCGAGAUGGAGCUGUUUUAACAGCAUCGGGAUGUCCAGAAACUUGGCUUUCAUUUUCCUUCUCGCUGUUCUUCUUGUUGUGUUAUUUGAUGUUAUUGGUAUUGUGUUGUUUGGGAUUAAUUUGGAAACGAAAGUCGAGACAUGUCCAAUCGAGAGGAAUGGUCUAUAUGGUCCUGACACUUGUCGCGAGUUCUUUUAUUGUCAUUUUGUCUUGUUUGAGAUACAUUAUUGGAAGAAAGAAUUAUCCAUGUUUUAUUUAUGCCAUUUCGUAUUUUGUGUUACCACCUGCAUUGAUUUUACCAUCGAUUUUUCGAUGUUUUCGAUUGUAUUUGAUGCAUGUGUUGAAUUUGAACAAGACGAAUUUGGUUUUUGUGAAAGAUUACGAUCGGUCCAUGAAUUUUGAUGCUGGAGCGGUGAAUGCAAAUCUUCAACUUUGCACACAUUCGUCAGUUGAGUUUCAGUCGGAUCCAAGAAAGAAUUUGAAACACGAGUUUGUGACACCUCAGCAGCAACAACAGACGAAUCAAGAGAAAAGGAAGGUCCACUCGACAAACACUGGGAUUUUCACAACCAGAGGAGUAUUUCAGGAUGUGGAAUUUCAAGUUCAACUCUCUCAUGGUUGGAGUGGUCACAUUCUUCUACAUUCUUGUGGAGACUAUAUUGUUUGUAUUGUGUCUAAUAUUUGCACGAGACACUUGGUUUAUUUGGAAAGAAACAGCAACACUCAUUGGACUCAAAUUGUGUGCCAUCAUUUUGUUUGUUGUUUUGGAUUUGUUCCAAUAUUUUCAAAACUGUUGGACUUUUUCAUACCGUAUGGCUAUGUGUUGCUUGUGUACUCAUGUUGUGAAAUUAUUGUGAGUGUUUUACUUCCAGUUCUGUAUUCAAUCGUAAUGGAUGCGAGACAAAAACGAGGAAACUCUCCCGAGCAUGCUUCUUUCAAUCCAUCUGAAGAAUCUGGAUUGGAACAAUGUUUGAAACAGAAAAAAACGUUCAACACUAUUUUGGAAUUUGCUAGAAAAUCAUUUUGUCCAGAACCAGUUCUAUGUUACAGAGAUAUUGAACGAUUUACAAAAACGACGAACUCGAAAAAUCGUCGAAAAUUAGCACCUCACAUUGCCAACACCUAUCUCAAACAAAAUUCUCCUCUCCAAUUGAAUUAUCCAAAAGUGAAUGAAGCGUUCCAUGAAUGCAUGGCAGUGAUUCAUCGUUGUUCCGACAAUGGUACCAUUAUUCCAUCGGAUUUAUUUAAGAAUAUUCAGCUGCAUUGUUUGAAUGACAUGACAGACAUUUUCGAGAGAUUGAAACGACAAGAUCGAGACAUUAAGGAAGUUGUACAUCAAUGGAAUUUGUCCUCACUUGCAAAACCUGUUCAAACCAAUGGGCAGUAA